AAUAUAAUUUUGGAGAAUCGUGGCGAGACUCAGACCUGCUAUUUUUGUUUAUAGUAUCCACUUAUCACUCAUGGUGAGAGUAUAAAAUUGCCACAUUCUUCCGCAGAUCUAAAAAAGAAAAAAACUAUAAUUUGGAGGUUUUACUCCAGUAUUGAAUCAUAAGAAAGAUGGGAUGCAUUAACAAAGGAUGGGAGGUUGUAAGUAGAAAAAUCAGUAGCUGUUUGAUAAAGAAAAAAGGGAUCAAAAAUAGAGACAACAGCAUAGCCGAAAGAUGGGAGAUUUUGAGUGGAAAAAAUAACUGGGAAGGCUUACUUGACCCUAUGGAUUAUGAUCUCCGACGAUACCUUAUUCACUAUGGCCAAAUGCCUCAAGCCAUCUGCGACUCAUUCAAUAAUGAGAAAGUUUCAAAAUACAGAGGAACAAGUCGAUACUCCAAAAAGAACCUCUUUACGAGGGUUGGGCUCGACAAAAACACAUAUGAAAUCACCAAAUAUGUGUACGCAGCUUCAAGUAAAACUGAAGAGACGAAAGAAUCAAAUUGGAUAGGGUUUGUUGCUGUUGCCACUGAUGAGGGUAAAGUUGCAUUAGGGAGGAGAGACAUUUUGAUUGCUUGGAGAGGUACCAAGACGGAAUCAGAAAUGAACGAAGACGAUAAAUGGUCUCUAGUCCAACCAACAAAAAUAUUUGGUGAAAAUAGGGAUAACAUUCUUGUACACAAAGGUUUUUAUUCAGUUUAUACUUGUCUUAACGAAGCUUCAAAUUUCAACAGGACAACCAGUGCCAGAGAUCAGGUUCUUGAAGAAAUUAAAAGGUUGUUGAAGCAAUACAGUAAGGAGGAAAUUAGCAUCAGUGUUACCGGGCAAAGCAUGGGUUCAUCAUUGGGCACACUAUGCGCAAUUACAGAAUGGAGAGCGUAUGAAGAUGUUGGCUUUGAACUUGUAAUUGAUACUACAAAAUCAGAAUACUUGAAGAAAGAUAUAUUUAGUCAUUUUCUGGAAGUUUAUCUGCAUGGAAUUGCUGGAACACAUGGAGUAGAAGGAGAGUUUAAGAUGGAGAUAAAUCGAGAUAUUGCACUGGUGAAUAAGCAAGGCGACUUUUUGAAGGAAGAAUAUGGUGUACCAAGUGCAUGGUGGAUUGAGAAGAAUAAAGGAAUGGUUCAACAAGUAGAUGGAUCUUGGAUUCUCAUCGAUCAUGAGACUUAGAUUUCUAUUAUAUUAGAAAAUCAAUUUCAAGAAAAUUACUUCUUAGAGUUGUUGUCCUUUGAGUGGUAACCUAUUUUUGUUUGUACUGUGUAUGUAAUGUAAUGGAUCGUUCGUUUUGUUAUCCACGGUGUAAUAGCCUGCAAAUCAUACAAGGGGUGUAAAUUAUACUAGGCAAGUUCUAUGCGACAAGCUCGACUCAAAAGGCAUUGAGUGGGGAUCAAUCCCGA